GUGCUUUUUGACUGUUUGGAACAUUUUUAAACAUUACGUUAAAACGUUGUUGAUACUUACUGAAAUAUUGUUUUGUUUUAACAAAUAAUAACAAUCACUAUAAUACCGUCAGUAUAAUACAGAAGAAAGGGAACGAAGUUCAUAUUAUAAUACAAAUGUAAUAAUAUAAAAAGCGACAACGAUAAUAACUCAUUUGCCAUCAGUAACUUUUUAUUUCAAGCCUUCUUAUCAAUAGCUUAAUAAUUUGAAUAUAAUUUCAUGCAACCAAUUCUACGACAACAACUCUAUAACAUCAACUACAACAACUAAAGAAAGCAGUAAAGCAAAUAAAAGUUACAUUUCAGUUGUAUGAAAAAACAAAAGUGAUUUUUAGUUAGUUUCUCAAAAUUUAACAAACAAAAUUCACAACAAAAUUUGGAAUACAACAACUACAAACACCGCAACAACAACUACAGCAAUAACAGCAACAAUUACAACCACUGCAACAAACAACAACAAACAACCAACCGAUAACAACUGCAAAACCAAGAAAAUAACUUAACAAACCUAACACGAGGAAAAAUAAUAAUAUAGGAGAACUGUAACCAUAAUAAAGAGCCGAACUAACAAACUAAAUCGAGAAAUAAAUCAAAGCGCAACAACUACGAACAACACAACCAAAAGGAAACAGCCAACAAACCCAGCAAAGCAAGCCAAGCAACAAACGAAAAUAGCCUCACGAAACAACCAACAAACAACAAGAAACAGCAGCGGAACAAAGCAACCGAACAACCCAAAACCAAUCGAAACAGAAUCCAGAACCACAACCUGAAAUAGCCUUACAACUCUCCCCAAGCCCAACCCAAUAGCAGAAUUGAAAAGAUACAACCGAUAACCGAAACCGAUAAUAGGAAAACAGGAAAACAGGAUAACUAAUAGAAAAUAGAAAAUAGAGCAACGAAACAGCUACAAAAAUGCAACAGCAGAAGAGAAAUCUGAAAUUCAAAACCGAAAGCCAAUCAAACAAAAAGGAACACAAAAACGGAAAUAGCCAAAUUUGUUAAAUUUAUUUUCUGUGUUUUUAACGGGAAAAAAGCAUAACUAAAAAGUCAAACGGAAAUAAUGAAAAAACCACAAGUAUUUGUCGUUUAUAAAAUUGAACUCCUGAGUUGAAGUUUAAACAUUCGCCUUAGUCUUUAAAUUUUGCGUUCGUCAAAAAAGCGGUCGAGAAAAUGUUCUGAAAAAGUCUUGAACGAAUCAAGCUGAGAAACUCUUUAUAAACUUCGGGAGGUGGAGCAAUUGAAUUAAAAGGAAGCGGCAAGAAACUAUUUCGCAAGUGAAGAGCAGCAAGCUGCAAAAGCAGUUCUGUGCCAAGCAUCGCGAUCACAAGUGUACAUUUGCGUAUGAGUGUGUGGUCGUGACAGUGCUAGAAUAUCACGGUGAGCCGAUGAAUACGUCGAGUCGCGAAGAACAUCACUAUAUCAAUAUAUAUCCAUAUACAAAUUAUUUAAAAUUGUUCAUAUCGUGGCAAAAGCUGAAUAUGAUCUAAAGCAAGUAAAAUCCGUUUUCGAAAGAAUUUCGUACUUACAAAAAAUUAACCAACAUUUGUAGUGAGAAAAGAUAAAAAGUAAAUAAAAUUCCAUUCGGAUAAGAGGAACGUUCUAGGCUUAAAAUUAAAACAUAUUACUAAUUACGAUAAUACGAGUUUUUGAGGAUUCCUAAAAUAAAAAGGAGACAAAAGAAGACAUCGUUUUUCUGGCAUACUCAAGAUUAUCCCUAAACCCACAAGCAUCUUAUCAAAAGAAAUCAUUUAAAGGAAGUCGUCUUUUCAAGUCAAAUUGUUGAACCAAAGGAAUAACGCACCAAUUAAAACAUCUUGGAAACCCAUUUUAACAAGCUCAGAGGCAAAAGACAUUUCAUUUCAAAUAAAACAUCUAGGAACGACUUCCUGAAAACGGGAGGUCCAUAAAGCAAAACAAAUAAAAGAGACACUUAAGAAGAAAGGAAUUUAAAAUUUGAUCAACAUGAAGAGAAACAAAUAACCGGCAGAAACCACAGCGGCGAUAAGGCUAAGGAGCCAAAAAAACCGGCAAAAAUGUGCGUCAUAAGUCAAUAAAGAGGAGACGAAGUAAACGAAAGCGACGUUAGAGCCACAGGCAAAGUCAACUGUAUCUCCAAGAAAAUAACAGCCCCUACCUAAAGCAACCAAUUGAGCGGAGGACCAGCAGCAAUGGCCAUCAAUUUCUCGGCCUCCUUUGCGGCUUGCAUAGCAGCCGGACUGAAGGUGCCGCGCCAGAUUAUGUAUUGCAUCACGCAGGAUACCGGCCAGCCGUACGUGCUCUACAAGGACUCGCAGGACGCGGACCGCAACCCCGGCGCAAUAGGCGCUAGUCCCGCCCAGUGGGGCAGCGACAUGUACCCCAAUAUCCAGCAGCAGGCGCAGCAGCACCUGACCGCCCAGCAGCAGCAACAGCAACAGCAGAACGCUGCGCAGGCAGCCGCCCAGGCGGCGGCUGUAGCGGCGGCAGCGGGACAGCCGCAGAGUCCCCCGGGCGGAGGGCAGGAGGCGCGGGACAACGGCAGCGGCGACGGCCGCCAACAGCAGGUGUCGCCCUCCUCGAGUCCGUACCCCUCGGUCCAGCAACAACAGCAGCAGCAGCAGCAACAGCGGGCAAACGGGGCAGGCGACGACGACCCCAUGAACCAGCUUGCCAACCAGCAGAACUCCGCGCCCAACCAAAACCAAAGCAACGCCGACCCCCAGCACACGGGCUCCAAUGCGGGCGAGCCGGGCAACCCGCACGUCCAGCAGAACGGACCCCAAACCGAUCCCGGCAACGGUUUCCAAACGCCGGACUACUACGCCCCACGACACGCGGCGCCCCAGGGCGGAAUGCUGGCGCCGCCCGGCUUCCCGCCGCUCCACUAUCUCAACAAGGGCGUACUGCCCAUGGAGCAGUCCGGCGGAGGCAACGGCGGGGGCGGAGGCGGUGAGGCUUACGCGCUGCCUGAGCUGCUGCCCGCACAACAAAACGGCCAGCAGAACGCAGGGACGGCAAACGCCAAUGCCAAUGAAGGCGGUGCGGGUGCCAACGGAGGCGGAGUGGGCGGUGCGGGAGCGGGAGCGGGCGUGGGUUCGGUGGGCGUGACGAGCGGCGGGAGGACGGGCAACGGCCCGGGACGCCCGCACAAGAACAAGCCGCACAGCGACCUGCGGCUGUUCAAGUGCCUCACCUGCGGCAAGGACUUCAAGCAGAAGAGCACGCUGCUGCAGCACGACCGCAUCCACACGGACGCGCGCCCCUUUCCGUGCUCCGAGUGCGGCAAGCGAUUCCGCCAGCAGUCGCACCUCACGCAGCACCUGCGCAUCCACGCAAACGAAAAGCCCUUCACCUGCCCGUACUGCUCGCGCAGCUUCCGGCAACGCGCCAUUCUCAACCAGCACAUACGCAUCCAUUCGGGUGAGAAGCCCUUCGCCUGCCCCGAGUGCGGCAAGCACUUUCGCCAGAAAGCCAUCCUCAAUCAGCAUGUGCGCACCCACCAAGACGUCUCGCCCCACCUCAUUUUCAAGAACGGGCCGCACCCGACCCUGUGGCCCUCGGACGUGCCCUUCCCCGGCGAGGAGAACGACACCAAGGGCGACAUCGCGGGCACGGGCGGCGGCUACCACGACGAGGACUCGCAAGGAACCCCGGACGGCAGCGGCGGCAUGCACUACCCGUCGUACUUCAAGGACGGCAAAGAUCCUCACACAGGCCAAAAGAUACUGCCCGAGGUGCUGCAGCACAUCGGCGUACGGCCCGCAAACAUGCCGCUCUACGUGAGGUGCCCCAUCUGCGAUAAGGAGUUCAAGCAGAAGACGACGUUGCUGCAGCACGGCUGCAUCCACAUCGAGUCGCGGCCCUACCCCUGCCCGGAAUGCGGCAAGCGCUUCCGGCAGCAGUCGCACCUCACGCAGCACCUGCGCAUCCACACCAACGAGAAGCCCUUCGGAUGCAUGUACUGUCCGCGCUUCUUCCGCCAGCGGACCAUUCUCAACCAGCACUUGCGCAUCCACACCGGCGAGAAGCCCUACAAGUGCGGCCAGUGCGGCAAGGACUUCCGCCAGAAGGCCAUCUUGGACCAGCACACGCGCACCCACCAGGUAGGAGAUCGUCCGUUCUGCUGUCCGAUGCCAAAUUGUCGUCGGCGCUUUGCCACGGAAAACGAGGUGACGAAGCAUAUCGACAACCACAUGAAUCCCAAUACCACCAAGGUGCGCCGCCAGCAACAGCAGCAACACCAGCAGCAGCAGCAGCAGCAACAGCAACAGCAGCAGCAGCAACAACAGAACAAUGCCGUCGCCCAGGUGGCUUCGGUGGCCAAUCACCUGAUGAACGACGCCAAGAGCCUGGCGGCCCAGCAGUUCCUCAACAACAACAAUCCUUCGACGGUGGACAACAAGGCCAACAUCCUCCCGGUGCGCAGCAUAGCGUCCAACGCGGCGGCCGCCGCAGUCGUGCAGCAGUCGGUGGUGAAGAACGAACUCUACUUCCCACAAUGCUACGGACCGCCCUUCCAGCAUCCCUUCCAGACGCAGCAGCAGCAGGCCCAGCAGCCCAGCGUGGCGCACGCCAACGGAGGACCCACGCCGCCCGUAACCGUGACGGUGGCCAACUCAGUAGCCUCUGGCGUGGUGGUGCAGCAGAACGCGUCCGCCUCCGUGGUGGCCCAGUGACAUCCCACCACUGGAGCAACCGGGGCCCAGCAACAGCAGCAGCCACAGCCCUCAGCGACGCAGCAGCAACACCACGUGCCGCCGCCUCCGCCGCCAACGACCUCAGCCCAUCACAUUGCAGCAGCAGCUGCAGCUGUCACCGCGGCGACGCCCUCAUCCGCCCACGCCUCUCCAGUGGCGGCACCGCAGACUGUGACCCUGUCGAUUACGCUGCCGCCACCCCCGGCCUCCCACGUGGUCCAUCCGGGUCACCCGGGACACCCAGGUCAUCCGGGGGUGGCCAACGGAGCUGCGCCUCCGCCGCCACCAGCCCUGUCACACGCGAUUCCCAUUCACCCACACAUACACUCGAUAUUCGGAUCUCUAUGAUGUCAUCAGUAGGAGGGACAGGAACAGAAGGCCAGAAUUCAAACUUGAGGAAACCACACUGUUCAUGAUAUUUCAUAGGUUCACUUAGUUCUCUAGUAUUAGACGCAUACAAAUUCUCCUAGUUUUUAAAACUAAUCUUAAAGCUACAAAACACAGUUUUGGUGAUGGAAACGAACGAUCCGCGGCAGAGAGCUGAACAGCGAGACGCAGGCACGCAAACAGGACGAGUACUAGUCUUUUUGAAAAGGACUCUAAACUCCUUUAUUCGAACCAUAAACAUGAAAUGCAAUGGUCAAUGUUUCAGAGAAGCAAACUGCAGAAAGGAGGAGAAGCGAGAGCCAAAACACAACGUUAUACGAUUCCUUUUUUGAUAAUUUUGUUUAAGCACCCCAACAACUUUAAAGACUAAAUAUACAUCAAAUAUUUAUGUAGACACGAACCCUCGACACUCAAGAACAUGCUAAGUUCGUCAUCCUUGACUUGGACACAAUCGACGAAGAUAUACGACCUAGGCGUAAAAUUAGGAUAGCUCUGGUAAUGAGUGUGGUCAUGUGAAGUGAUAGAUAGGGAAGCUAGAAUCUUUUUGGGGCGAAGGACAAAGGGCGCGUAAGGAUGAGGGAAAAGAGUUGAGGAAGGGGAGUGCAAAAGUUGCCGCUGAGCAAUUUGUUUUUUAAGCAGCAUAUAAGUUUUAGUUCUGUUCAACAGGUAUGUUGAUUCAUUGGAGUUUUUCUUCAAGUCUUGGCUAAGCCAAGAGCAUUGGCCGGGCCACCAAACUCUAAUUAGAAUUUUCUUUUUCAUUUCAAUUGAUAUGUGAUUUUAAAAGUGUAUAAAACAAUACUGGAAUGCAAUUUAUUGAUACGAAAAAUGAAUAAGUUAUGAAAGCAUAAGUACUUUGAACUAGGAUUCAUUUGUUGUCUUCCCCUACUAAUUACGUGUAACUUAUGUUGAGUUUUUAUUUAGUUAUUAGGCAUAUGUUUAACCCAAUUAUGUCCACACACUUGCACACAAAUAUAAGGCAGACAAACAAGUUACGUAGCAGGCAAUUCAAAUGUGACUCUUCAGGUGCCAUAAAAAUGAACAAUAGUCAAAGGAUAAUAGUUAAAAAGAAAAAACCUUCUGACCCGCCACUUAGAGAACCACCUGACCCCUCACCAUCCACUUUCUUCCCUCGCCAACUGUGUGGAUAUAAUCGACAAUUUUAGUUUUUUAUCAAAUUUUCCAAUGUACCGUCAAAGCAUUUAUGAUUGUUAUUAAUCGUUUAGUAUAUGUUUCCUUCGUAUUUAUAUAUAAAGUAUACUUAUUUUACAAAUAGGUAUGUAAAGAAAAAUCGCGACAGAGCAUAAAUUAACUUUAGUUUAGUCGGUCCAUCUUAACAAGUAUCUACUCAUUAUUUCAUAAACUUAGUAAUUAGUCAAUUAAGUUUCUGUUGGAAUCAAAGCAAGUGCUCCGAAUACAAUUUGUUUUCACUGUUUUAAACUUAAAGAUUAUCAAUUUUGUUUGGACAUAUUAUUUAAUUAUUUCAAUAAAACAAUUAUAUGAUUUAUCUGACUUUAA